UCACUUAAAUCUCUAAAAUUUCCUAAUCCCAAAUUACUAAUCUGAUGAAAAAGAAUUAGGAAAUUAGAGAGGUUUCAUGAUCCCAACGCAACCCUAAAACAGAAGUACUCAAAAUUCUCUGCAUCUCCAUGCCCAAAGAUCUAAAACUCUAUUCAAAAUACCGUAAUCACAAAUUCAGAUUCCAACCUAUGAGUUCAUCAUCAGGUCCAAUAGCCAAGGUUGAAACAAAAGCUACGGUGAAGAGUUUAUACCUAAAACCUCUUGGUGAUGAGGUUAAAGAAUAUUUCGCUGCAAGAGCGAUUUCAGUGAAAACACUUGAGAGAAAUCGGGUUAUGCAGAAAAUUAUAGGUGAUGAGAUUGUGAUUGCUUUUACGUAUUGGCAAAAGGAAGAGAUUGAGUUUUGCAAGUACCGGCGGUAUCCAACUAAGAAGUUCUUUCAGGAAAGGCAAACAAGAGGGAAGAUCUUGUAUGGGCUUGAUGACAUAGAAAACGCAUCUGAAAUCAUUAUAGUUGAAGGGGAAAUAGACAAACUUGCAAUGGAAGAGGCUGGUAUAUUCAAUUGUGUGUCUGUUCCUGAUGGAGCUCCAGAAGUGGUUUCUUUAAAGGAGAUCCCACCUCAAUCCAAGGACAAGGCAUUUAGGUAUCUAUGGAAUUGCAAUGAAUUUUUAAAACAGGCGUCUCGGAUUGUUAUUGCUACUGACGGAGAUGCGCCUGGUCACGCUCUGGCGGAAGAACUUGCACGGCGUUUGGGGAAAGAAAGAUGUUGGCGUGUCAAGUGGCCUAAGAAAAGUAAGGAUGAACGUUUCAAAGAUGCAAACGAGGUGCUUAUGUCUAAGGGACCUCAUUUACUCAAGGAAGCUGUUCUAAAUGCUGAGCCAUACCCUAUGGUAUACAAGGAUUGAUAUUUUCUUACGAAGAUUUCUUUGCUGACAUUAAUGUCUUCAACGGGGUGUGUGUAAGAGUUGAAGCCAUGCACUUUCUUUAACAAUGGGACGGCAGUAUACACCGACCCUUUAAGAUAGUGGCAGCGCAUAUAUUUUUUAUAACCAAUGUGACUAUAUGGAAUAGCAAAAUUUUUUUUUUAUUUAUUUUAAUGAGAAAGUUUUAGCAAAA